UCCUUCAUGGUCCUGGGUAGGACCUUAAACUGCCCAAUUUAUGGGAUAGUCUUCGGACUAUCACGAGGUUUUGUCACCGCCUGACAAUGGUGAUAGGACUCGCUCUUCAGCCUUAUGGAAUGAGCAGGCUCGCGCGGCCUUUAAGAGCGCUAUUUGACUUACCUGCCCAAUCCACUGAGUUUUACUCAACUUUAUCCUACCCUAACACUUUUCCGACUCACGAUGUCACUAAUUCUUACAUCUUCACACCAAAUACUCCUCUUUCAAAAUCAUCACUUCCCUCACUCCGUCAACUUACUCAAGCCAAUAACUCACACUCCCUCGCAGCAACUCUAUGCAGGAAGGAGAGGCGGCCAUGUCAUAGUGUUUCAAGUUACCAAAGGGGCCCAGUUUUCACCACGACAUUCUCAUCUUUUCUAUCUCUGCAUUGCUGGCCUGCUCUUUCAUUUCUCUUGUGCUGUAUCUUCACUUCGUUAUAUACGACAGACCAAAGGGCAGUUAUACCACUACAGGAUGACCGACAUCAGUUGGACAUCUGCUGUCACAAUGGAUCUAGAGAAGUACAGACUUACUCCUCGUUUUCCCACUCCUGGCGCAUAGAUAUGGUGUCUCGAUGUGGCGAGGAUGAGGACAACCAAACUUGUGAGCUGAAAGACCACUUCGCUAAUUUACAAGGUCUUGUCCAAGGCAUCAGGUCUCAGCCUGACCCCUUCCUUCUGCUCUGGGAUCCGACUUUCAGUCCUUGCUACAGACCAGCGAACUGGUGCUCUAGGGUUACUUGUGCGAGUGUUGUCGUGUAGUAUCGUAGCAUUGCCCGCCGACCUGUGUUCAGACCCUUGAAGCGUCUAUCAUUUGGAUGAACCAUAUCUACAGGCUCACUGAUACCUAUAUGAGCUUCAGGGUAUCUGACUACACUAGUCCUUUGUAUAGGAGAUACCCUCUUGACCCGCUGGGAGGCUUGGUACUCGCAUAUCAAGUUCAAACGUGCACAGUCUCCACAGACGCCCUCAUAUCACACUUCUUCCUGCCUGUACAUGGUGCUUAAAAGAGACCCCUAGCUUUUGGUCCAGCUGGCCAUCUCGACGACUGCAUGCUAGGCAAGGACUGUGUGAGUUAAUUGCCAUGACUGCUUGGCCGCCGAGUUUUAGAGUUGCUCAUCAAACCUCUUGAUCAACUUAUCACAACUACGUUAAUCCAUUCAACCAUCGUUCUCUUCUCCCCUACAGUGGCGCGUCUGGCGAUGAGAUCGAUGCUACUUGGAACGAUGAGACUAUCGAGGUGAUAUAAUCAACCUUGAAGACGAUGAGGGUACCAACACUAUCAGACUCAAUUUUUUUGAGGCCUCAAAGGAUCCUGUCAUGUAUGGGAGUAUAAUCGGUGAUAGUGGAGCUGGCUGAAGGAUAUGGACAUGUAGUAAUGGUAAUUUUUCGGACUGGCUUUCAUGUUGAUCGGCUUUUCUGGUUGUCACAUUGCGCUAUGUGCUGAGGAGGAGGGCAAAACGUACACAUCAAGGUAGUGCUACCUUAUCCCUAGAUGGUAGGUAAACUACUGCUGAUGAUCAGGGGAUUAAUGAUGCUGCUUAUACCUUGCACAGGAACACUUGUUGGAUGAUUAAGAAGGGCAUUACUUCUAGGUCUUAGAUUAUGC